UACCAUGCCUCUCCAUAUGCUUGUGUUCCCAAUCCUGAAUUACUUCCAUUUCCAGUACUCCUCUUCAUUUUCAAAAAAAAAAAAAAAAGUUACUCCUCUUCAUACAUAAAAUAUCUAUUUCAACACCAAAAAAAGCAACAAAGACAGUGACUAUAUGAUUCUCUGCUAGUGUUCUGGUGGUUAACUUUUUUGAUUUGUGACUGUGAUUGUGAUUCUGGAACCCAAAUGAGUGAGGCCAUAAAAUAUCUAUUUCAACACCAAAAAAAGCAACAAAGACAGUGACUAUAUGAUUCUCUGCUAGUGUUCUGGUGGUUAACUUUUUUGAUUUGUGACUGUGAUUGUGAUUCUGGAACCCAAAUGAGUGAGGCUUGAUCCGCAGAUCAAGUCAAAACAAUGUAGCUAGGCAGGCUCCGGGUUUUGUUGGUUGGUUGGUGUGUUCUGGAUCAGGUCAAUGUGCCAAAAUAUAUAUUAACAUUUUGAUGUUAUUGGCCAUUGCAUAUAGGUAAUAUGAUCAUCCUCUACUUUAAUAAAGUAACUACUAUUUAUAAGAGUAAAAAUAGAGGGACUUUCUUGCGGUUCAAAUAAAUAAAUGAUAUUGCAUGGUCAUCUAGUAAUACACAUUUCGUUUACCAUUUACGGUGCUUAUCAUCGUACUUAAAAUUUAAAUUAUUCAAAUUUUAGCUAAAACAUAGGUUAGCUUAAACUUGGCAUUCACGAUGUUCAAAACAGAUGGAAAUGAGGGUUGGGAUAAGUGAAAUAAGGAGGAUGAAUUGCCAAACUCGCUUUCCCCUAAAGUUUAAGACUACUCACAAAACAAAACUUGGGAGGACAUCUUAGCUCAAGUCAAGAGUUUGGAAUAAAUUGCACAAUCAGCUUGGGUCAUCAAAUUAAAUUAACAAGAAAAGAACAGAUGCUUCCACUUCUCCGGUCAUUGAGGCGGAAGAUUUGCAUAAAUGGAUGGAUUGUGCAGCGAUUUCCUUCAUCGCUUUCUACAUCAUUCCAUCCAUUUCCUUGCCAUGGCAGACCUUGUCUUCAGUGAACACGAUGGUAAGCUUUCAUUAAUUGAUCUUUUGCAGCAAGGAAUGAAAAGCCUUUUCUUCGAAGCCUAUUCCCGUACACGAUGCAGCUAACUUCGCCGCGCGCGAAUGGGAUUUUUUAUGUAUUCGUGCAGGGAUCUUGACCUCUACUACAGAUUCACCACCCAUUCAUUACAUUGUGAAACUGCAGUCAUUCUCAUUGCUCGCAAAGAACAACGUAGACAAGUACAUUUCUGGAAAUUUUGAAGCUGGAGGCUACAAAUGGAAGUUGGUAAUAUACCCUAAUGGAAACAAAGCAAAAAAUGCAUCAGAUAGUCUAUCCCUGUACCUGAUGAUCGACAAAGAAAGUUUCUUUCAUCCUGGAUUGGAAAUCCAUGCGGUUUUCAAGAUGUUUUUACUUGAUCAGAACAAGGAUAAUUACCUAACUUUUGAAGGUAAAGCAAGGCGUUUCCACAAACUGAAGCCUGAGUGGGGUUUUGAUAGGCUGAUGCCUUCAAAAACAUUUAGUGAUCCUUCCAAUGGAUAUCUUGUCAACGACGGGUGCAUGUUUGGUGUGGAAGUGUACAUAUGCAAGGAAAACAACACAAGGACAAAAGGGGAAAGCCUAAUGAUGAUGAAGGAUGCCAUAAGCUAUAAACACAGCUGGAAAAUCGAGAGUUUCUCUAGUUUAACUGACAAACCUGAAGAAUCUAAGCCAUUUCAUGCAGGGGAGCAGAAAUGGAAAAUCCAGUUAUAUCCUAAAGGAAAAGGCAGUGGCACAGGAAAUAACAUAUCUUUGUAUCUGGCUUUAGCUGAUCCUACCAGUCUUUCUUCAACUUCGCAAAUAUAUGUGGACUUCACAUUGCGCAUCAUAGACCAAAUCAAUGCCAAAAAUUACUUUGGCAAAGCAAAUUACUGGUUCAGUGCCUCAAAUCCAGCUUGCGGUUGGCCGAGAUUCGUUUCUCAAGCUUAUUUCAAUCUUCCAAGUAAUGGUCUUCUGGUGAAGGACAAAUGCAUUGUGGAAGCAGAAGUUACUAUUCAUGGAAUAUGUGAUGGUCUCUAAAGAAGAAUUGGAGGCUAGCUACAAGCAGUAGAAUCACAGGAAUUGAAUUGUGGAUGAAUCAAAUAAACGUAGUUUAUAUAUGUGCAAUAAGAGAGCUAUAAACAGUUUCAGAAGAUAUAAAGAAACCAAAUGCAGCAUGAUAGUUACUAGAAUUAAAAACCCCAAUGAGGAAAUUGUCAUAGUUUUAUGGCCAAUAUGAACAUUGGAGCUACUGGGACGAGGAAAAGAAUAUUGAAGAACAGCUGAAUCUCAGAGAAACGUGAUAAUACAUCACCAAAGCACACAAUCAGCCCCCUCAAAAACAAAGAAGACAUCAACGCAAAGAGGCAAAAAUCGAUGAUCCAAUCCGUACUUUACAUUUUGUUGGAAAUUUUCAGUGAUUAAAAAAAAUAAAAAAAAAAGCCCAUCUUUGAAGUUAAAUGGAAGGAAAGAACCCAAUCUUGAACAAUGAAUUACCUCUAAAAUUAGUCACUAACGAAGCCCUCAAAAAUAGGUUCAAAGUUCAUUCUGAAUACCUCUAUAAUCAUUUUAAUUCUGAGCAUGCAAUGACUACAUCAACAUCACUACCAAAUAAAAUUGUUCCACUGAAGGGCUUAUUUUUCGACUUGCGAUUGAGCGACCACGUUGUUUUUGAAAGGCAAAUAGCAAUCACCCGUUGAAAACGCGUCCUCACUGGCACCGACACCGGCACUGCUGCUCUCUAUUGUCAAGUGUAAAGUAAGAAGAUAUGCUCUUUGCAUUUUUUUUGUGCCAAGUUCCCUUUUUUUAUCCUCAAACUGUGGUGUAGGCAAAUCAAAAGAAUCUCGUCAAGUAAGUAUGAUUUACUAAAGGAAUAAAGAAGAAGAAGAGAGGGUUGGUGGUAAAUCAAAAUCUCAAAUGGAGAUAUAUCAACA